GUCAUUACACAAAUACAAGUAUACAACCCUAUUCUGGUGAAACUUUAUUUUUCCCCAUUUUUUUUCAUAAAUGGCGAUAAUGCUGAAGCUCGAUAUCAAUGGCGACCGGAAUUGCUGAAGUUUGAAAUUCCUCAUCUACGGUUCGAGUUCAAUUUAACAAUCUCUCUGUUAGUUCGAUUCCUCUUCAAUAGUUAUCAAUUAGUUCGAUUUCUCUUCAACAACUAUUUUGGUUUUCAAGAUGCAGAUGUAUCCCGCAGGAAGAGGAUAUGGAGGUAGGGGUGAUGGAAGACAUGGAUAUGGUGGUAGGGGUGAUGGAAGACAUGGAUAUGGUGGUAGGGGUGCAGGAAGGAAUUCAGUGUUUAUGCCAAGCACUAGUUCUGUGGCUUCUGCCACGUCCAACUCAGAUUUCGAGUCACCAAAUGAGCCUAUGGAGGAGUCUAUAAAUGAGCAUAUGGAGGAGCAUCAACAAAUUGUUGGAGGUAAUCCAGAUGCACUUGAUAGACUGGAUCCAAAUGGUCUGUGGUUUGAUAAUGAUCAUAAAGUGGCUAGCCGUGUUACUGAAUCUAUUAAGACAUUCUACAAUGGCCCAUGGACUUCAUUCUCUAAUUUGCCAGCGUGUGCCCCGACAAUAUGGUUCAGAAACUUCAGGCAUUAUUACAGAUGGGAUCCUUUGAUAUCACAAGAAGUGAAGAAUGCUUUUGUUGCAGAAGCCAUAAAGUCUCUUCGGCAACUUGCUUCUCGUCUUGGUAUGGAGGCAGAUGAAUCAAAAACUAUUUGGUGCCCUUCCGAUGUUCGACAGAAAUUGCUUGAGUACAAAGAAACAUCAAAGUUUCAGGAAAAAUCGACAAAGUGCUCAAAGAGUAGAACUGUUGGAGAGAGAGCACGGACAACACAUGCACAAGGAUCCAUAUCUGCAAAGAAACUGAAGGAAGUAAUGACCAAGGAACUUAAACGUGAAGUUAGUGCUGCUGAAUUGUUCCAAAGAGGUCACUUUAGUAAAGAGAAAAAGAAGUUUGUUGAUAAACAAGCUGACAAAGUAUGGGAGAAAUACGAAAUGAUCAAGAGAGACAACAAUAACCAAGAUGCCACUGACAAUGACUUCUUUUAUGAGGCUGCUGGAGGUUGGGAUGCAAAAGGGAGACUAUAUGGAUUGGGUUGUGCUGGGGAGUUGUACUAUGUGAAGUCUAAAGGGUCCGAUAGUUCUAAGAGACAAAGGACAACUUAUGUGGAUCUAAGGAAACGAGUUGAAGAUCAACAACAACAAAUUGAGCAACUUAGAGCCAUUGUGGAGAAACUAACACAGAAUAUGACUCCAUGUCGUCCUCAAACUACUGCAUCCUCUCUUCCACGAUCCCCAGCACCUCCUUCCGGUGGUUCUAGACAUGGACAUGGUAUCGCUGCUUAAUGGUUAAGAAAGUUCAUAGUGAGGAUUUCUUGGCUUGGGACAAUAUUAAAGCAACAGCAACUUGGGACAGUUCGAGCAAUGGUGUUCUUGGCUUAAUACUUCAUAAUCGAUUUUCAUUUAUCUCAUUUUAUAUAAUCAAAGAAUAUAUUCGUCUCUUUCUGUAACCCAUGUUUCAGGGGUAAAUCCUCCCUUCAUUACUGAGUAUAUACUUUCUCCAGUUUGUGCUCCCUUUGUCUAGAAACGUGACACCUUAAUUUAGGGUAUGAAUACAUAUUUUACAGUAUCAUAAGAAUUUCUUAUUCCUUCCAAAGAAAAAAAAAAUCUGUAUUUAUUAAUUAUUA